AACAGUUUUUUUUCAGAUUUAAGUCAGACGCUGAGAUAACGGGAAGAAGAGAAAAUAAUGUUACAUCUAAUUAAACCUAAACCUAUUUUUCAUCCACAACCAGCACAGCAUUUCAAAUCAAAAUGGCAAAAAGGAGAUAAAAUCACAGUUUGGUAUAUUGUUUAUCAGUGUUUAUCAUGUAUCUUCCUACUUAGCAGUGUUAUCUAUACUUGGACUCUACAGAAAGAUAAACCAGCAGAGUCAAGAUGGAAGUACAUAAUUUAUCUGACGCAUUGGGGUAUUGUGACACUAAAUGCAACUGUACUGCUAGAAACUGUACUAACUCUUGUUGUGUACUGCAAGCAGAGAACUUCUGGAAAAGUGUCCAGUGGAUUGGACCGUGCUCUUCACAUUAGCUGGGGUAUGUCACACGCUACAUACAGCUGUGCAGUCUUUAUAACCGGUUUAUACUGGACAUUACUGUACACGGGGGAGGAUACUACAUACACUAAUAUUUACCAACAUGCAUUGCAGGGUGUGUAUGCUGUCGUUGAUCAACUAGUCUCUGCAAGACCGUGGGAGGGCGGACACUGGUGGGUGUGUCCUAUUUUGCCGAUAGUAUAUGUUAUUUUUAACGUUAUUUUCUGGGCAGCAGGAGGAACAAAUGAUAAAGGAGAAGAUUUUGUGUACCCUGUUCUGAACUGGACAGAGAACCCUGGGACCUCUGCUGGGUUAAUAUUUGGUGCUCUUCUUGUACUUAUAUGUAUUCACUACAUUCUGGUUGGCCUGACCCACCUUCGAGACAAAGUUCACCAACAAAUGUUUCCUCAACAACAUUUAGUCUAAUAUAGUUUGAAACAUUGCAUAAUUAUGACACAGCAGUAUAAAAAAGUACUUUAGAGCAAAAAUUUGUUUAACAUAAAUCUACGCGCACGUGCGAUAUGUUUUUCUACAAUAUGUUUUGAUUUGUUAACCAUGCAUUUUGUUAAAUUAACAUUUAUUCAAGACAAUUAAAGUUCCUAUAAGUUCCUCUGACCGGCAGAGUUGAUAACGGUGACCACUAGAAUAUUUGAGAUCUUGAUUUCGCAAAUAUUUUUUAUACCUUUUUAUAACCUUUAUCUAAUAAAAUAUGGAACAAAACUUAUGAAAAAUAAAAAUAAAUAUAUUAUUUAGGGUUAUUUGUUUUGGCACAGUGAAACCCUCAAUAACGAAUACAUCGGAAGAAUUUAUCAAAUGUCGUCUUGACAAUUUUUCAAUGAGUUUAUACUAUAUUUGGUA